GGUUAUGUAGUCGACCCGCAGUAGGAAUUUAUGCUGCGUGUCGUGAUCAGUGCAAAAUUUGUUUUUAAAUCGCGAAAAUCUUUGUCAAAGUCUAGUCGAACCAGCCUUUCGUAAUCAGUCAAAUUAUGCAUCCAACGAGCGCAAUUACUGCCGCACUUCAGUCGUAGAGAGAAAACACCUAUUGCUACCCGAUUUUUGUAGUAGAGGGUAGCGGAACCGAGAAAUACUACAAUAUGCCUAAUUUUUCACAGCGACUUGUGGUAUUGCGAAGUUAUUUACUGUCCGUUGCUACCAGCCACCGUAGCUUUCAUCAGGCCGUAUCCCGACGACAAUCCUCUGGACCGCCAAAACUAUCACCGUACGAUGUCAACUGCGUCCUGCGGGGGAACGAACACUCGCAAGAGUUUCUGGGCAGUUCCGUCAAAAGCUACGACACGAACCAACUAGCGUCCAACUCUCCGAUCGAAGAUUCUCGCAGCGAGGGAAGUUGCGUGCACACCUCUGGUCUGUUGCUCGGUAUAUUCGAUGGCCAUGCCGGACCGGCUUGCUCCCAGGUUAUCAGCAAACGUCUGAUGCGUUAUAUCGCUGCAUCCCUGGUUCCGCCCGAUGACCUGAAACAGCAUAUCUUGAAUGGGGCACAGAGUCAGUCCUUUAUUAAUUGUCACAACGAUAAGCUGGAGUUUGUCAGCGAAAUUAGAGAUAUUUACGAACGUAGCUUUCAGGUGUUCGCUAAUGAGCUUACCAAUACUACGCUGGCUGGUUUCCAGAUGCAUCAAGUAUUGGAAAAUGCGUUUCUCCGUUUAGAUCAAGAUCUAUCCAGGGAAGCUGUGGAAAAUCCUAGCCUACGAACGAUGUCUGUAGCAAUGAGUGGUGCUGUUGCAGUCGUAGCUCACAUUGAUGGUCCUCACCUUCAUAUAGCUUCCGUAGGGGAUUGUUCGGCAGUUUUGGGUACCGUAACGGAUACAGGUCAAUGGGUUGCUAAGAAAUUGACGAACGAACACAACUCGGACAACGUCAGUGAAGUCCGGCGACUGUUGAACGAACAUCCUGCGACCGAACGAGAUACCGUAAUUCGUGGAGAGCGACUUCUUGGCCAACUAGCUCCGCUUCGUGCUAUGGGCGAUUUCAGAUAUAAAUGGACCCGUCAGCAGCUCCAGGAACUGGUUGUGCCCCAAUUCGGCGAGCAGGUAAUCGCCCCAUUCUAUAUCACACCGCCCUAUCUGACCGCAUGUCCGGAGAUAACGCAUCACAUUUUGACACCUCGCGAUAAAUUCCUGAUCCUCGCAAGUGAUGGACUCUGGGACACAAUGAGCCCAAUGCAAACCGUCCACCUGGUGGGUGAGCACAUGUACGGUAAAGCCUUCUUGCAACCACUGAAACUGCCCAAGCACGACGUCACGUUCAGGGAAAUUAGUCAAAUGCUCAGCACUCGCAAGGCGGGCCUACAAAAGAAACCACUGGAUCGGAAUGCCGCGACACAUCUGAUUCGGAACGCUCUGGGUGGGACCGAGUAUGGAGUGGAACACUCAAAGCUGUCGCACAUGCUUUCCCUUCCCCAAGACAUUGUUCGAUUGUUCCGAGAUGACAUCACCAUCACGGUGGUGUACUUUGAUUCGGAAUAUCUUAGAAAUUGCCCUACCUAGCAGCAACUCUCGAAACCGGCGGAAGUCGGAUAGCGGCGAAUAAAUGGCAUUUAGUGGCGGAGGUAGAGUACUUUAAACGAGAUGGUGAUAGGACCUUCGAAAAACACGCUUGUUGUGUCGUGUGUGCUUUUUUAUCGUUUGUACCCGCUUGUUGCGUACAGCAAAAGAGAAAACUCGCGCUUUUCAUUUGUAGUCAAAUAGCUUCUAUUUAUAGUAAAGCAUAUAGAGAGUGUACAGAUAGCUACGUUUGUCUUUUUUUUUAAUCUUUUACUAUGUCUUGAUAUUCGCUCAAUAUAUUAUCCAUGUUUAUCAACUGUUUGAAAAUGAUGAUAAUAAAAGCCUAUGGGAGGUGA